CGUCAGGGUACCUUGCGCUCUGAACUGUAAUGGCGAACCCCAUAAGAAAUACGUGAAUGGGGCUCUGACAUGUCGAAUGAAGGGGGUCUAGUGAACGUAAAACAUGGCGGCCCCCAAUGUGGUACACAUGUGCCGGGUCUGGAUGUAAACAUUGACCUACCAGAUGCAUUCUCAAUCAAGAACGAGCUUCUCGCGGAAGAUCAACUUGUUGAACAUCCUAAAGGAAUACAAAAUGGCGACAACUUACAGUUUCUAUCAUCGCCAUCGGACGUAGAUUUAGAUAGUUACGAAAGGGCUGUAGUUGAAAACAAUACUGAGUGGUUGAAGUCGCGAUGCAGAAAUAUAGAGGCUAUAGAUUUUGACAUCCCAACAAGCGGGAACGAUGGGAUUGAAUUAUUUGGUGCAUCACUAUCAGACACGACAGAUUUGCCUCUUUGUGCUGAGGGAUCUGUCCUUCCAUUGGAAUCGUCAAGUUUGCUGCUCGGAGGGACCAAUGGGUCCCUGCUGUCGACUGCAAGCUCUGGGGGAAUUUCUGGGUCUAAUUCCACAAUGGCUUCUAUAUUUUCUCAAUCCCAGUCUACUGGUUGCAGUACAAGUAUUUCAGAAAAGGAUGUCUCAAUAUUUGAGGAUAAAAAUAACAUGUUAAUGACUCCCCAGGAACUUGAAAGUAUGCCAGACAGAGGGUUAGAAUUUGAGGCUUCAGUAGGCCCAAAGAGUUACAACUCUGAUAUCUUCUCUAAGUCAAUUACUGACAUUUCUUCAUCUGUUUCAUUAUUAAAAAGCAAGACUCAGCAAGUCACUAAACUAGCCCAAGCAGUCAGUGCUUCGAACAAUGCAAUAACUGUAACUAAUAGCAAACUAAAUGUGGUUCAAGUUCAGCAGCCUAUGAGCAUGCAUACUGUCGCACCAACAAAUCUCACAUCUGGCACUUUACAGCUUGUGCAGAAUCAGCUCAUUACCAUUCAAAACCCUAAAACAGAUGACAAACAGUCCCAAGAAAUUAAGUUUGUUCCUGUGCAGAAUACUACACAAAUUCUAGUCAACACCAGCCAGGGGCAGCAACUCCUGCACAUCAACUCCAAUCAGCUCCCAGGGAGUGAUUCCAUGACGAGGCUUGUAAAUGUCAAUCAGAUGGCAAAGAAUGUGGACAACUCUAAAGCCCAACCUAUCCAAACUGGAUUCCUGAUUUUGCCAGCUAACCCAGGAGGAAGUACCAUUCUAACCACGAAUUCCGGUGAAGGAGGGGGUCAGACCAUGAUAAAUGUGGACAACUCCAUUACAAAGCCUCCCAUGUUCUUGAAGAACCCCACUGGAGGGCCCCACAAGUGGGUGUACAUGUACCUCUGUACUCACCCAGGGUGUGACAAAAUCUUCAGAAAGCUCUCCAAAAUGAGGAUACAUCUGAUGAGUCACACGGGAGAAAGACCCUUCAAGUGUAGCAAACCAGGCUGUGAUUGGGCAUUUACCACGUGUUAUAAACUUAAAAGACAUGAAGAAUCUCAUCAAGGAAGGAAAGAUUUUCAGUGCGACUACCCAGACUGCGGUAAGAGAUUUGCCACGUCGUAUAACUUGAAAUCUCACAAGAAAUCUCAUGAGAAGCCAUGUGAGCCUUGUUUAGAACCAGGAUGUAACAUGAAAUUCCCAAACCGUAGACAGCUGAACCUUCACAUGAAAACGCACAAUGGAUCUGAAAAGAAAUACAAAUGUCCAGUGGAUGGGUGUGACAAGACUUUCUUCUCCCCUCACUGUAUGGGGUCACACCCCCGCACACACCAACAGGACCGGGAUUUUCGGUGCAAUUACGAGGGUUGUAACAAAGUUUACUCCACCGCCUGUCGUCUCAAGCAGCAUAUCAGGUCUCACACAGGAGAAAAACCAUUUGUCUGUUAUUUUGAAAACUGUGGAUGGGCCUUUACUACUGCCAGUAAAUUGCGUCGACAUCAAGCCAAGCACACAGGACUCCGUAAGUGGAAAUGUCCAGUGGAAAGUUGUGGUCGAGCUUUUAUGAGGUCAGAGCACCUGAAAGGUCACAUGAUUACACACAGCGGAAAAAAGCCAUUUUCAUGUCCUGUUGAAGGAUGCACUGCAAAAUUUGUUGCCAAAACAAGUCUGAAAGUUCACAUGAACCGACAUGAAAACCAAAAAGUGGAGAAGAUAGCGUAUCACUGCCCUAUAGAGGGCUGCAUGAAGAAGUACUUUUUGAAGUCCAAGCUACGGGAACACAUGGUCCAGAAACACUUGAGCAGCAUUUCUAGCAAUGGACAGGUCACUCAGCUGGACCUGGAGCCUCUGCUGGGCGGGGAGUUACAGGACAUAGGAAUGAUGACCUCAAACACAGACACCAAAACGGUCAUCCAGACGGUCCAGAUCAAUAACCCUGGAGCAAGUCAGAACAUGGACCAGUCCGUCCAGGGAGCAGAACCAAAGACUACGAUGGCUAUGCUGACCAUUCCUGCAUCUGAGCAAAUGACCAUUGACCCAUUGGAAUUCAUCACCAAUCCUGCAGAUUCUUCUGGGGAGAUUCCACAAAUCAGCCAGGCUGUUCUGAAUCAGCUGAUGUCAGGGCUGGAGAAAUCUGAGCCAACAGCCAAUCAGACAGUCCCACACACUCAGAGUAUGGGAAGUCCAGUGGUAUUGGAGAAUAACAGUGGGUCUGCUCGGACUGAUUACCUCAGUAAUCACAACCUGAGUUAUCGGGCAAGACAGAGGAGACAACUUCUGAAGGAAAAAUCCUCAACGACUGUCGAUAGUCAGGACUACCAAGAACAGGAGAAUUCUGAGGAGAGUUUGCUGGCCCAGGCUUCUUCAGUGUUCCUGUCCCCUGAGGAGGCGCCGUCAUUCAGUGCCUCCACGGACCAUGUGACCUUCAGUCCCUCCGCUGACUCGCUGUCUACACGGGGAAUCACGUUCAGGGACCCAGAGACGGGGGUCAUGUAUGUGCAGACCCAGCUGUUACAGGAUGACCCUCCUAGUACCGUUACAGAUCUAUAUCCAGAUGAACAAGUGUUGGGAGGUGAAAUUUCUGAUCUAACUGACAAUUCUUCCACUAGUCUAGACCAAUCAAUUCAAGAUUCAGAGUUUACAGGAUCAACUAUCAACUUUCAAGACCUCCAUUAAAAGACUGGACUGUUUUUUUGUAUUGUAGACCGAUUUGUCAUGAAACAUACUGCAUAUCCAUCAUCUGUUGUUCAUCCAAGUGGUGCGAGAUGUAACAAUGUUUUACAGGGAUUGAUCUGUAUGCAGAGUGUCUUGUCCAAUGUAAAUUUACAUUUCUGCAUGCAGAUCAGCAAUAUAGGGCAAAUAUUGGAAGUUUUUGAUCUUUUUUGUUUAUUUGAUGGACUUGAUAUAUUUUGCUUCAAAAUUGUGCUCUUGGAACAGGACAAGUUGAUGUUCCAAGGACCUGAUACAUAAAAAUGUAGAGUGUUUACAUGUAACAAGCCCCGUCUGCUUACAGUACAUUUGUUUAAUUCGAACACUAGAAUUGAAUAAAAGUAUGACAUGCAUAAAAGUGCUAUAAAAAUAUUUUCAGAAGAAAUGUACAUGUACAUGUAUAUUAAGCUGCUUGCCUGCAUUUAGUACACUAUUUCCAACUCUGUUUGCUUUAGGUAAUCAUUGUGCAUUAUGUCAGUAAACAAUAAAAGUUUUAUUAGAUGUUAACCCUCAUUAGCACAGGUAGUGUUAAAUCUUUCUUUUCCAAAUUGAAUCUUACAAAUGAAUUGUUUCGCCGUCCAUCUAGAAAUAAUGCUAUAUUAUUCCAAAAUUGCUGGUAAAAAUCUAAAUUAAGGCAAACAUUUCAUUACAUUAAUGAUUAAAGUACUUCACAAAUUAUAUAAUUAUUAGAAGAAGUAAAAAUUUUGGGAAUGAACACAGAGUCCCAAUAGUUUGGACUUGUUCUGUAGUCUAGUGGAUUACUUAUUGUAUGUUAAUAGACAUAUAUUUUCCUCUGUUAUUCAAUGAUGAUAUACAGCAAUGUCUGUGUGAAUAUUGUAAUUGCUUGUUGUUAAAUUGUUACUGUAAUAAACUCGGUAAAAUACAACA